GCCCGGCGGCGACCAUUUAAAGCGAUAGCGAUCUCUGCCCUCUCCCCAGUGCCCGGCUGAGCAAGCGCCGAGCGGCCGGCGGAGCAGGGAGCCAUCCAGCCAGCGAGCGAGCGAGCGAGCGCACCCCGAGAGCGCACGGCGGGCGCCCCCAGGCUGGCAGGCGCCCCGGGACCCCGCCGCCGCCCCGCGGGCUCCCUGCCGCCUCCCGCCGUCCGGCGCACCCCCAGGGGCGCGGACCCUGCAGCAUGGUCCAGCUGGGGCGGCCGCGGGGCGCCCCGACUUUGCUGAAGUUCCCCCGCUGCGUGCUGGGGGUGCUGCUGUGCGCGCUGGCGGCGGCGGGCGGCCAGGAGAUGUACGCCCCGCACUCGAUCCGGCUGGAGGGGGACGUCACCCUCGGGGGGCUGUUCCCCGUGCACGCCAAGGGGCCCAGCGGAGCUCCUUGCGGCGACAUCAAGCGGGAGAACGGAAUCCACCGGCUGGAGGCGAUGCUGUACGCCCUGGACCAGAUCAACAGCGAUCCCAACCUGCUGCCCAACGUGACGCUGGGCGCGCGGAUCUUGGACACUUGUUCCAGGGACACUUACGCGCUCGAACAGUCGCUCACUUUCGUGCAAGCGCUCAUCCAAAAGGACACCUCCGACGUGCGCUGCACCAACGGCGAGCCCCCGGUCUUCGUCAAGCCUGAGAAAGUCGUGGGGGUCAUUGGGGCUUCGGGGAGUUCUGUCUCCAUUAUGGUCGCCAACAUCUUGAGGCUGUUCCAGAUCCCCCAGAUUAGCUAUGCAUCAACAGCUCCUGAGUUAAGUGAUGACCGGCGCUAUGACUUCUUCUCACGUGUGGUCCCACCAGACUCCUUCCAAGCCCAGGCCAUGGUGGACAUUGUCAAGGCACUUGGUUGGAAUUAUGUGUCUACUCUUGCAUCUGAAGGAAGUUAUGGGGAGAAAGGUGUGGAGUCCUUCACACAGAUUUCCAAAGAGGCAGGUGGGCUCUGCAUUGCCCAGUCCGUGAGAAUCCCCCAAGAGCGCAAAGACAGGACCAUUGACUUUGAUAGGAUUAUCAAACAACUCCUGGACACCCCCAACUCCAGGGCCGUCGUGAUCUUUGCCAACGAUGAGGAUAUAAAGCAGAUCCUAGCGGCGGCCAAAAGAGCUGACCAAGUGGGCCAUUUCCUUUGGGUGGGCUCAGACAGCUGGGGCUCCAAAGUCAACCCACUGCAUCAGCAUGAAGACAUUGCCGAGGGAGCCAUCACCAUCCAGCCCAAGCGAGCAACUGUGGAAGGGCAGGAGAGAAUCGGGAAGGAUUCCAGCUAUGAGCAGGAAGGGAAAGUCCAGUUUGUGAUUGACGCCGUGUACGCCAUGGCUCAUGCCCUCCACCACAUGAACCGGGACCUCUGCGCAGACUUCCGGGGAGUCUGUCCUGAGAUGGAGCAGGCCGGGGGCAAGAAGCUACUCAAGUACAUCCGCAAUGUGAACUUCAAUGGCAGUGCUGGCACCCCCGUGAUGUUCAACAAGAAUGGUGACGCACCUGGGCGCUACGACAUCUUCCAGUACCAGACGACCAACACCACCACCCCUGGCUACCGGCUCAUUGGACAGUGGACAGACGAACUCCAGCUGAACAUCGAGGACAUGCAGUGGGGCAAGGGCGUCCGAGAGAUCCCCCCGUCUGUGUGCACCCGGCCCUGCAAACCAGGGCAGAGGAAGAAGACGCAGAAGGGCACCCCGUGCUGCUGGACCUGCGAGCCCUGUGACGGCUACCAGUACCAGCUGGACGAGAUGACCUGCCAGCACUGCCCCUACGACCAGCGUCCCAAUGAGAACCGCACGGGCUGUCAGCGUAUCCCCGUCAUCAGGCUGGAGUGGCACUCGCCCUGGGCCCUCAUCCCUGUCUUCCUGGCCAUGCUGGGCAUCAUGGCCACCAUCUUCGUCAUGGCCACCUUCAUCCGCUACAACGACACCCCCAUCGUGCGGGCCUCAGGCCGGGAGCUGAGCUACGUGCUCCUGACGGGCAUCUUCCUCUGUUACAUCAUCACCUUCCUGAUGAUCGCCAAGCCCGACGUGGCCGUGUGCUCCUUCCGUAGGGUCUUCCUGGGCCUGGGCAUGUGCAUCAGCUAUGCCGCCCUGCUCACCAAAACCAACCGUAUCUACCGCAUCUUCGAGCAGGGCAAGAAAUCCGUCACAGCCCCCCGGCUCAUCAGCCCCACCUCGCAGCUGGCUAUCACAUCCAGUCUGAUCUCGGUGCAGCUUCUUGGGGUGUUCAUCUGGUUCGGGGUCGACCCUCCCAACAUCAUCAUCGACUACGAGGAGCACAAGACCAUGAACCCCGAGCUGGCCAGGGGGGUCCUCAAGUGCGACAUCACCGAUCUGCAGAUCAUCUGCUCCCUGGGCUACAGCAUCCUGCUCAUGGUGACAUGCACUGUGUACGCCAUCAAGACUCGGGGGGUCCCCGAGAAUUUCAACGAAGCCAAGCCCAUCGGGUUCACCAUGUACACCACAUGCAUCGUGUGGCUGGCAUUCAUCCCAAUCUUCUUCGGCACGGCUCAGUCGGCAGAGAAGCUCUACAUACAAACCACCACGCUCACGAUCUCCAUGAACCUAAGUGCUUCAGUAGCACUGGGGAUGCUUUACAUGCCGAAAGUGUACAUCAUCAUCUUCCACCCUGAACUCAAUGUCCAGAAACGGAAGCGGAGCUUCAAGGCGGUCGUCACAGCAGCCACCAUGUCUUCAAGGCUGUCACACAAGCCCAGUGACAGACCCAACGGUGAGGCCAAGACAGAACUUUGUGAAAACGUAGAUCCAAACAAGCAGCCUCAGAAGCCUCCGGCCCCCAUGGAGAGGACUAAGGAAAGUGUCUCCACCACUGCCUGUACCUGCUGAUUCGCCCACCCCGCAGGGUCAGGCAAACAUGAAGGGACUUAGCCUGCAUUCUUGAAGCCGCUUUCUGAUAGAAUGCGGAGACUCCCAUCUGGUCCUCUCCCAUUGUUCUCAUGAACCAGUCCUUUUUCUGUCUCCCCGCACCCCAACACACACAAUAAAGCUUGAUCCUGUUUACCAACCCACCUGCCUCUGAUUUUUGUCGGGAAAGACCUGCAGGACCGACAGAC